GACAUCACAGGGGACGAGUCACAGUGGGGGAUGGAUAUGAGGGUGCCAGCAGGCAGCACUGGCCCAGUACAGCCUGGGACAGCAGUGAGUGCGCACACAGGGGGGAGGCUGGGCUGGACAAGGGCCGGGGCAGAAACCUGGGCCCCCGGGGGUGGGUGCUCACCCUGCAUCGAGGCCCUGGCUGCGAGUGCCUUGGGCAGGGCACGCUGCUGCUGGCACCGGGCCUGGGUGCAGCCCUUGCUGCCUCCCAGCUGCCUCGUUCCCUCUCCUGCCUGUCCCCAGCUCCCUGCGGCUCCUGCAUCCACUCCCCCCGCCACCAGCUCCCUUCCUCCUUCCCUCCCUCCAAGCCCCACUGAAUUCUUUCUCUCUUCUGCAGGCCAUGGCUGUCACAAACCUCUCACUCUGGAUUCUGCAACAGCUCAUCCUGAAUGUGCAGGUCGUCGGUGAUGAGAUGGAUGAAGCCACACGUGACCGCAUGGAGCACCGUAACAAGCAGCUGAUCUGGGAGAUGACUCGGCUGCUCCAGGAGCUGGAGCAGAAGAGCCAGGAGCAGAGGAGCAAGGAGCAAACUCCCGUGGCCUGGAGAGGCCUGUUCUUUGCUGACUUGCAGCACUGGCAAUUCUGGGCGAUUGCUGGCAUGCUGCUCCUCCUGAUUCUUUGGCUCUGCUCGUGCCUCAGGAGAAGGAGCCAUGAGGAGGGCAGCAGCAGUGAAGAGGACAGCUCCAGCAGCAGCAGUAGAGAAGAGGAAGAGCGGGAAGAGCAGAAUGAAGAGGAAGAAAGUGAAUACGCAAAGGACCUGACAAGGCAUUUUGAGGAGCACAUACAAUGGCCUAAUCAGAACCUGUUCACAGUGUCUGAAUCUGUGAGGAGCCUUGUGAAUGCUUUUAUCCUUGUUGCCAGACAAGUCUUGUCAGAUAGCUCCUUCCCAGUGCUGGAACCAUGCUUUGGCAUAGGCAGCGCACAUGAAGGCUGGAGUCCCUAUGAAGAAAACAUCGUCUAUCAAGUGCUUGUGCCCCUGGGCCCCCCGUCUGGCCACACCUUUCUCCUGGAGCUCCGCAGUCCGGGGGAGGUGCCAGAGAGGAACUUCUGCAUCCGCGUGGAGCUGCAGUGUACAUGCCUGGCAGAGCAGCUGGUGGGGGACAUGCUGUGCUUCCUCCACCACGACAAAGAGGAGCUGAGAAGGCAUCAGGGCCCCAGCCUCCUACAGACCCUCUGCACCGGCUCCUACCUAGAUGUGGAGAAAACAGCUUGCAGGCUUCAUGAGCUGGUGAAAGCAUGCUGGGUGCUUCUGCCUCAUUCACACCAGUGGCGUUUAACUAUGCUGCCCUACAGCCGCUCCUGCAAAUUCAAGAUGGCAAGAGCAGAGAAGGAAGCCAUCAUUGAAAUUAUGUUGGGCGUGCAGCAAGGCGACUCGGACAUCUUCCUGAGCAGCCAGGCUAGUGAGGCUAUCUUCACCCCAAGCACAACCUGGACAUUGAGCUGUGCUGUGGCAGAGGCAAAGUUCUUUGAGCUGAUGACUAGGCAGGCCCCAGACGGCAGCUUCCACCUCAGAUGCCUGCAGCUCUGCGCCCGCACUCUGGUGGGCACAGGCUUUUCCAGCUAUACCUUGAAGACAGUGGUGAUGCACCUCCUGAACACCACACCCCUGUCAGGCUGGCACAAGACACGUUUCCUGCUAAGGCUGGAUGACAUCAUGCGGUACCUGUGCCACUGCUUGGAGGAGAAACGCCUCGACCACUUCUUCUUUGGGAAUGAGAAGAUUCCUGAGGAGAUCAUCUUGCCCCCAGCCUUGCAAAGAGCCGAGCCAUUCAACCUCUUCCAGCAUCUGGCACAGGAUCCGGAUGCCCAAGCUGAGGCAAUGAGGCAGUUCAUGGACAUGCAAGAUCGCCUCACAAGAAUGCUGACCUACGGCCACUGAAAGUGGUCUUCGUGCACAGAGCUGUGUUUGCAGGGUGCACAGCUGACAGCAGAUGACAAACUUGUACCUGAGGGAAAAAGAGGGGAGAGACAGAAAGAGGACACAGAAAGCACAAGGAAAACUGUACCGCAGGCCUCUCAGAGGAGUGGCAGUGUUCUCCCCUUGACGUUCUCCCCAGCGCAGCAGCAGGUUAUACCUGUGGCGGCAUCCUGGGUUCAGCAGUAGCAGUCAAUUUUCUCCUUCUUAGGAUCCUGUUUGCACUAGGGUCUCUGACUGUAAUGCAUGUAACCAUGUCUAAACCAAAAAUCAUUUAAACACCUUCCCGCACAACAGGACCCUUCUUGAGAAUAAAGUUCAUUUAUUAAUGAAACACAAAUCUGUGCUUUUGCAAUGAGAGAGAAAAUAUCACAGUGUACAAACUGGCAGAAGACCAACUAUGUGCAGGACAAUUUAUUUUUCCCUUUUAAGCUAAAUUUCCAAACACCCUUUGCUCUAAUUACCCUUCU